AUACACUGUAGGACCUUAGCAGCAGCUAGCUAUAGCAAUUAAUCAAUCAAACUUCAUGGUGAUGGCUCCCUCAUCUCUCAACGAAUCGAGCGCAGAAGUUGAGUUGUUAUCCUGCCCGGUUUGCUAUGAACCACUAACACGAGUAGGCCCUCCUGGUCUAAUCCUGCAAGCAAUUUGCAGGUCAUCGUUCGAGUGCAAGAAAUGCUACAAGUCUUAUUCCAGUAAAAAGAACUACUUGGAUCUCACUGUUACUGCUGGAUUGAAGAAGUACGUUGAAGCGAAACCAAUUGGGACUGAGCUAUUUAGGAGUAUUAUCAUGUCAUUCAUCUAUGAAAAGGGUUAUCGUCAGUGUUUCAAACGAUAUGGCUUCCCUGGUCCUGAUGAAGAAUUUAAAAUGGCUCAGGACUACUUUAAAUCCGCUGAAGGCGGUGUUUUAGUGGAUGUUAGCUGUGGGAGUGGUUUGUUCGCGAUAAGAUUCGCCAAAUCUGGGACAUAUUCUGGAGUUGUGGCACUUGAUUUUUCUGAAAAUAUGCUUCUCCAGUGCUAUGAUUAUCUUAUGAGAGACCCUGAUACUCCUUUGGCUACUGAUCUCGUUCUUGUGAGGGCCGAUGCUUCUAGGCUUCCAUUCACAUCAUGUUCAGUUGAUGCUGUCCAUGCCGGCGCUGCAUUGCACUGCUGGCCAUCUCCUUCUAAUGCUGUUGCUGAAAUCACUCGUGUAUUACGAAGUGGUGGCAUCUUUGUUGGAACCACAUUUCUGCGGUCUAGUCCUUCCUGGAUAUUCAAGCCACUCAAUGAGAGGAUUCUUCCCAGCGGGAACUAUUUUACGGAGGAAGAAAUUGAGGACUUGUGUACAUCAUGCGGUCUCACAAACUACACGAGCAAAGUUGAGCAAUCUUUCAUCAUCUUUUCUGCUAAAAAACCUUGA